AGCUUCACCUGGAAUCUUCGAUGCUCAUCCUGGGCCAUCCCACCUCGCGCUGCGCUUGCGGAGGGGCAGCGAAGCAGUGACCUACCUGCCUGCUUGCAGCUUGGGGAAAGAUCGCCAAACAAACAAAAAACAUCGACAAACGUCUCUGCCCUUUGACCUGCGAGCGCUUGACUUUAACCUUUUAAAUUUCCUCCAAUUCUGUACUCCAUCAUCGUCAUUUCAGAUACUUGACCCGCUUUCUAAAGACGACGACCAUGAGCGAAAGCAGCUUUCAGCGUCCGUUGCGCGGCGGUUGCCAGUGCGGGCGCAACAGUUACAUCAUCGAGGUCCCGCAGGGCACCACCGAGAAAGCCCAGGUGCUAUUCCAUACAGACUCAAUGCACAGAGUUCCUCUCGCAACCCCACUGGCCGCCAUGAUCCGAGUGCCACUCUCGUGGUAUCACAGCUCAACCCACGCCUUCUACCCGGACGAAAGGCACUCGGCGAUCCGCCGCGUUUUCGAAUCACCCUCCAACCACCAUCCUUCGAGACGAAACUUUUGCGGCUUCUGCGGCACGCCGCUGUCCUACUGGACCGAGAGACCCCCUACCGAGGCGGGGUUCAUCCACCUGACCCUUGCGAGCCUGCGAGGUGAAGACCUACGAGAUCUGGAAGAUCUGGGGCUGAUACCAGAGUUUGAAGAGCCGGAAGAACAGCCCGCUGUUCCGACAACAACCACGGUAAUUGGGAGGGAAACCCAGGGCGUCCCUUGGUUCGAGGGCAUGAUCGAGGGUACCCGUUUGGGCAACUUGCGUCACAGCCAGGUUGUUGAUCAUAGCAGAGACGGGAAAAUUAGGGUUGAAUGGGAGAUUGUAGAGUGGACCGAGGGAGACGAUGCUGCCGACGUGGCCGCAGCAGCGGAUGGCGAUGUUAAUAUGACGACAAAUCAUCCCGGAAAACGCAAAAUGAACGACCGAGAAGACGAGGAUGCGGCUGUCGACGGCAUGCAUUAAGCCUUGUCCAUGCCGUGCAUUGCAGCGGCAGGGUAGGUCGUAAUGAAUCCAGGGCCGUCUCGAGCUGGGCCGGCUCACCUUCGUCCCGGCUUCCGUACACCUCGGUGAGGCUCCGGAGAGAGUCUCCAAAACAAAUACUAUGCUUCUGGCGCAGACUUUGUCCCGUUAGUCUUGGAAAAUUGGCGCAAAGAUGUGGCAGUCCCAAAGAUGGCACAUUUGAUUUGCACACAUCAGAGGAUGUGCUGCGUGGCAGUUCCAGAAAGAAUUGAGAUGAGGUUCAAAGAGGCAGACAGGCAUGCGCGCUGUACUGACUGCAGCAUCCACGAUGAAAGCAGCAAAGAUGAAGGUACCUUGAGAUAGCUGUAGACGCUGCCAUGUACACACAUGCCCCAGCAGGGAAUAUAAGUUGCAAAAUCUCCGAUGAUCUCCCGGAAUUCGUGUGUUUUUGUGUCGUUUUGGGCUUCCGCUACCUUGACCAAAGGCCUGUUGGCUGUAAGUGAAGGCCCCGCCAGCC